AUGGCGAUUGUAGUUGAACGUACUGUAACUGAAUCUAUCGAUGAUCUUGUUCGUGAAGCUGAAGCAUUAAAAUCUCGACUUGAAGAAGAAAGAGCAAAAUUUAAUGAUAUGGAAUUAACAACUGUUGCUGAAAAACUUGAUCCAUUACCACCAUUUGCAACAAAAUCACGACGAAUUUUAAAAGGUCAUCAAGGAAAAGUAUUAGCUCUUGAUUGGUGUAAUGACAAACGGCACAUGGUUAGUACGUCACAAGAUGGAAAAUUAAUUAUUUGGGAUGCAUUUACAACAAAUAAAGAACAUGCAAUUACAAUGCCAACAACAUGGGUAUUAGCUUGUGCUUAUUCACCAUCAGGAACAACUGUUGCUUGCGGAGGAUUGGAUAAUAAAUUAACAUUGUAUCCAUUAAAUGCUGAUGAUGAUGCAAAUAAAUAUAAAAAGGUUGUUGCAACACAUUCCAGUUAUAUAUCAUCAUGUAAAUUUAUGCAUUCAGAUCAACAGCUUUUAACAGCUAGUGGUGAUAGUACAGCAAAAUUGUGGGACAUAGAAAGUAGUAUAGCAAUACAAACAUUUCAAGGUCAUCAAGCUGAUGUAAUGGAUAUUGAUAUAUCACCAUCGGAAGCUGGAAAUAUUUUUGUAUCUGGAAGUUCUGAUCAUAUAGUGAUGGUAUGGGAUAUUCGAACAGGUGGUUAUGUUCAAACAUUUGAAGGCCAUGAAUCAGAUGUAAAUGCUGUUCGAUUUUAUCCAAGUGGUGAUGCAUUUGUUUCUGCAUCUGAUGAUGCAACUUGUCGUCUUUUUGAUUUACGUGCUGAUCGACAAGUUGCUAUAUUUAAAAAAGAAUCAAUUAUUUUUGCUUGUAAUGCUGUAGAUUUUUCAUUAAGUGGUCGACUUCUUUUUGGUGGUUAUAGUGAUUAUUGUGUUAAUGUUUGGGAUACAUUAAAAGGAUCACGUGUAGCUACUUUAUAUGGUCAUGAAAAUCGUGUUAGUUCAUUGAAACUUUCACCUGAUGGCACUGCAUUGGGUACGGGUUCUUGGGAUUGUACAAUUCGAGUAUGGGCUUAA